AUGGACUUUUGGUCUCGCCUGAUUGGGGGUUCUGGUCUCUCGUCAUCAAAGGGCCUUCGGGGCAACUCUGCUGCUGAGCGUCUAGCAACAUUUACAUCUGCAUGCAAUACUCUAGAUCAAAUUUGGCGGACAGGUCCGAAUGAUUCCGGCGAUGCUUCUAUUCCUCAGGCCCGAAGCUGCCUCGAUCGUCUUAAUUCAGUCCUUAAUGACGAAUCCCGCGGCCCUGCACCCCAUCCGUGUCAUGCCUUCGCUGCCACGUCGCAAGUAUAUUUGACUGUCACAAAACUCGCAUUGUUCUCGUGUGAUCCUGGGGUCAUCUCAAAAUCUGCGGUCCUUUUCAAUACAUUAAUUGAUGCUGAAGUUGAUGGCAUCGUUGAUAGUCGGAUAUUCGCCAGGGCGCUAGUCGACCUGGUUUGCAAAGCGGGCUCUGCUGGCGAGGAAGGGGAAGGGAGGCUGGUGGAGCUGCUCUUCGGAGUUGCAAACAAUAUUAGAUUACGCCCUGCUAUUCUUCCUGCAUGGUUUUAUCCGAAAGACCACGGUAAUCGGAAACCCGAACUGGUGGAGGCCGGAAAUGAGUUUGCUGGUGCAACGCGAAAGGAUGAUUUCCCGCUCUUCUAUCUCUUAAUUGACUAUGUUCAUCAUGAAGGUAGAUCGGGUGAUUUCGCCCGUACCGGCCUACUCUAUAUCAUUGAGACAGCAUCGCGAUCAAAAGAGCUUGAUCGAUGGCUAAUUGAAAGUGACCUUGCAACAUUAAUGGCUACGGGUCUCGGGGCGCUUUAUAGCCAAUUGAACAGAAAGCUUACUUUCUCGAAUACUGGCAAGAAUAUGCCCCUUAUUGUCGCGUUGUCUGACUACGCACCAGCGGAAACGGCAUCUCGCCCCAAGCUCGGGGCACAUAUGGAUGCAUUUCUUUCUUACUUGCUUUUCUGGCAGGAUACUAUUGAUCAUUGUAAAUCUGUGGAAGUGAACGACACACUGCUAGAUCAUUUUCAGGUCUUGUUUCUUCAACAACUUCUUUAUCCGUCUCUUUUGGAGUCAUCGGACGUUGAUGGCGGCUCUACUUCCGCCGUUAUAACUUACCUUUGCCGCAUCUUGGAAUCCAUCGACCAGCCAGAUCUAGUCCACCGAAUUUUGCAUUUCCUACUGGCCUCAUCCAAGGCGGGCGAACCUGCUAUCAAGAUUCCCAAGAGCGAGUUGCGAAUGUCUCUCAGCCGUCGCAAGUCUAUUGAUCUCCUGGCUUCGUUCGCGGAAGCUGCAGCAAAACCAUCACCAGAACUUUUUAACUUGGUCGACCUCUUGUUGAUAAGUAUUAGAUCGAACAACCCUUCGACAGUGGUAGCUACCCUCCAGCUCAUGACUGUGAUAUUUCAACGGCACCAUAUAUUUUCAAGCUCUCUGAUCAAAACACUUCAGAACCCUGAAACCGUGUGCAUCAUGCCCAUUGGCAUGCUUCAUGCAGAAUUACAGCACCUAAUUGGCUUAGCAAAAUCAGUUCUCGAAGAUCCCUAUUUAGAUCAAUCAUAUGAAAAUUAUCUACUUGACGCGUCUGCGCUGUUAGACUUACGUAACCAGAUCAUAGAUCCAGCCGGAGGCCAAGCUAUUGAUGCCAACCUGAAACCCUCGUUGCUUCUACAGUCUUAUGAUGAUUUAUUACGGGGAAUGGUUUCUAGGAUGGAGUGCUUUUUCACGAAUAGCGUCGUCAUGAAUCUAGCCCUGACGGAGGCUAUUACAGGUUUGGCGUCUUCGAAUUCCAUAUCCUUGGUUGGUUGGCUCCUUGUUGGUUCUCAGGAUUGCAACUAUGACAUUGCAAAUCGGAAUUUCGCUGGUUCAAACCAGGAUCAAGCAGGCAAAACCAACCUAUCCCAGAACCACCCAUCUUUUCCUCCGCCAUUGAUAUCUCACACAAUCCAAAAGCUUGUACACAGAGUCGAACAAUGGCGAUUAGAAAUAUCUGAUUUUGAUAUCCUGGUCGCAGCCCACAGACAUUUACUUCAUUCCAGCGAUGGAAACGGCCCUGACGACGCUUUAACGUUUAAAACUUCCGAAUCCUACUUGAGACCAUCAACUGGGCGGCAAGGACAAGACCCGGUCAAGCGAAUGCUUUCUGGGCUAGACCCAACAGCUCGCCCGUCGAUAGCAUCGGACGAUCUUCGAAAACGACUUGCGACCCUAAUCAAGAUAGAUUUAUCUAACGUUUCGUCUAGCUAUGGAACUUCCGAAACAGACAGCCCUAUUUCCUUGCCCGAUCAUCCAGGUGAUAGAUCAGGAUGGGAAUCUGCGAGGUCUCCAUCUGAUACCGUUACGCUUGGACACGUCCUUACCAACACUAUCAUCCUGUAUGAGUUUAUUCUGGAGUUGGCUGCUCUUAUCCAAGUUAGAGCAUCCCUGUUCCAUGAAGUCAAGUUCUAA